ACCCCCCCGCCCCCCCGCAGCAGCCCGCUCUCUGCAGAGGAAUAGUCACCGGUUCAGUCGGAGGAGGCGAGAGAGGAACUUUCCUUUAAGGCUGAGCGGGUUCCUCUGAGCAGCAGCAGACGGAGGGACGGAGGGACGGAGGCUGGUCGGAGAGUUUACAGAGGAGAAGAAGACAGAGAGGCCGGAGGAGGAGGAGAAGAAGAAGAAGAGGACAGACACUUUACGCGCAAGAGUUUCAAACGGGACACAGACGCGCCUUCAGGGACAGACACAGGUGGAUGCUGGGAAGCGGACCGGUUCGGAGGAGAUGUUCCCCCCCCUGGCUCAGUUCGGGGUGCUGUCGGCCCUGGCCACCGCGCUCACCUCGGUGCUGUCCGCGCUCCUGCUGCUGGCGCUGACCCGGCAGCUGUGGAGCCUCCGCUGGAGCCUGACCCGGGACAAAGAGAGCAGCCUGCCGCUGCCGAGGGGCUCCAUGGGCUGGCCGCUGGUCGGAGAGACCUUCCACUGGCUGUUCCAGGGCUCCAACUUCCACAUCUCACGCAGAGAGCGCCACGGCAACGUGUUCAAGACCCACCUCCUCGGGAAGCCCGUCAUCCGGGUGACGGGGGCAGAAAACAUCCGCAAGAUCCUGCUGGGGGAGCACAGCCUGGUUUGCACCCAGUGGCCCCAGAGCACCCGCAUCAUCCUGGGACCCAACACCCUGGUCAACUCCAUCGGGGACCUGCACAAGAGGAAGAGGAAGAUCCUGGCUAAAGUGUUUAGCCGUGGGGCGCUGGAGUCUUACCUGCCCCGGCUGCAGGAUGUCAUCAAGUCUGAAAUCGCCAAGUGGUGCUCGACGCCGGGCGCCGUGGACGUUUACAGCGCCGCCAGGUCGCUGACGUUCCGCAUCGCCGUCAGGGUUCUGCUGGGUCUGCAGCUGGAGGAGGAGCGCCUUGUUUACCUGGCGCAGAUCUUCGAGCAGCUGAUGAACAACCUGUUCUCGCUGCCCAUAGACGCCCCGCUCAGCGGCCUUCGCAAGGGAAUCAAAGCCAGAGAAAUCUUGCACGCCAACAUGGAGAAAAUCAUCGAGGAAAAGAUGGAGCGGCAGCAGGCGGAGGACGAGUAUCACGACGCCUUCGACUACAUGCUGUCCAGCGCCAAAGAGCACGGCCAGCAGCUCAGCAUCCAGGAGCUCAAGGAAACAGCAGUAGAGCUGAUCUUCGCCGCUCACUCCACCACAGCCAGCGCCUCCACGUCGCUGGUGCUGCAGCUCCUCCGUCACCCGGCGGUGGUGGAGCGGGCCAGGAUCGAGCUGGAGGCCGAGGGCCUGGCCUCCGAGUCCGGCAGCAGUUACAGCCCGUCUGCCGUCACCACGGAGAAGGAGGUGGACGCUGUCGUCACGGAGACGACCUGCCUGCUGAGCGAAGGGUGUCAGAAUCACAGCGACAAGGACGGGUUCCCGCCGUCCCAGUCUCACGUGCCGUACCUGAGCCUGGACAAGCUGAGUCAGCUCCGCUACGUCGACUGCGUGGUCAAAGAGGUGCUCCGUUUCCUGCCGCCGGUCUCCGGGGGUUACCGGACGGCGCUGCAGACGUUUGAAUUAGACGGUUACCAGAUCCCCAAAGGCUGGAGUGUCAUGUACAGCAUCCGGGACACCCAUGAGACGGCAGCGGUCUUCCAGAGUCCAGAGCUGUUCGAUCCGGAUCGGUUCGGUCCGGACCGGGAGGAGAGCAGGUCGGCCCGGUUCAGCUACGUGCCGUUCGGCGGCGGCGUGCGGAGCUGUGUCGGGAAAGAACUGGCACAGAUCAUCCUAAAGACUCUCACUGUGGAGCUGAUCGGGACUUGCAAAUGGACUCUGGCCACAGAGAACUUCCCCAAGAUGCAGACAGUGCCGAUUGUGCACCCGGUGAACGGGCUGCACGUGCACUUCACUUACAACCACCCGCUUUAGAUACAAGUUCAGACUUUCCAAAAACUCAAAGGGCGAUUUAACCUUCAAACCGCUCCUGGAAAAAACUCUCCACACCCAAAGGAGGAGACACAACCACCUUGUUGGUCCUGAUGGUGCUGCUCACGCCCACUUUCAUUUCCAUGGAGACGAAGAGGAGGUUUACUCUGUAAGUCUGGAGCACUUCAUCGUCUCUUCAGUGGUCUGGUCCAAACCUACGAAACCACUUUCUGUUGUCACACAAGUUCAUUUUUAACCACUUGGGUUUCUUCACCUGCAGCAAAAGUAAAUCUCAGUCGGCUGAUCCAUGCUGAAGUGCCCGCUGAACGGACUGCACACACACUCCAACUACACGUUACUGUUCAGAACCUUAGCUUCAUUUCCAUAACGAAUAAUGUCCGUAACCUUCAGCUACUUAACGUUCAGUUGUAGUCUGUAAAUGCACAUUAACUUAUUGAAAUACCAGUGUGCAUCAGUGAGAGUGAGCAAUCAGGACUUUUAAUGAGAAGCUGGAGAAGCCUGGUUUGACUUGCAUACAGUAAGUGCCUCAUGUCGCGGGACAAAAACCUCAAGCAACAAACUACAAAGUGGUUUUUCGAUGAUUAAAUCCACUCAUCUUUGGUGCUUCUGUCUUUUGUACCUCUAAGUAGCUCUGUAUGUGUGUUUACUCCGCUGAAUGAGCAAGCCAACUUUUAGGAUUCUCAGACGGCCUCUUUGAAAACCCACAAAAACUGCAACCGGGCAGAUUCUUCAGGGUCCCGGGACAGAGACGUGGGGAACUCACCUGCAGUGACUAUGCAGAAGCAGCCUGAUUUUCUACUGACAUCACAGGGUUUACACACUUUUAAACCGAUUCCUUCGUUCUCCAGUCCUCUGAGCAAGGCAUCUUUAGCUCCGUGGAAACGCUGAAGAAAAGAGUCUUAAAAAAAAUGUGACACUUCUCGUUAAAAAACUGACUAAGGCCAGAAAUGCAGUGACGAUAUCUGCAACGGAGAAAUGUUUGAACACGGCAACCCACGUCGGACACGGGAGCGACUCGGACUUAUCUCAGUCGUGACGUUUCGCAAUGAUCUCUGCUGCAAAAAAACUAAACAAAACACUUUCACUGAUGGAACUUGCACUUGAUUUUGACACAGAAAUCCCACAACCAGGAAGUACCCGAACAUCAAUGUCAAAACACAUUCUACUGUUUAAAUAUGACUGUGAUAUAUAUCCUUAACAGUGCUAUUAUGUGUGUAUCAAAUGAAGUAGCAUUAUGAAUAAGCUGUAUUUAAAAUGCAGAUGUAUCAUUUCUGUUGUACUUUUACUCUGUAACAAUAUUUGCUGUAAUCAUGAUUAGAUAGAGACACUAACCCGUAAUGUAAAGGACUGUCCAUAACACCUUGUUUCACUGCUAGAACAUAGAGAACCUUAGUUGUUUAGAGCAGCAUAAUAUUGAGAGUAAAGUUAUUAUUAUUGUUAUUAUUGGUCUUAAGUCUAGGACUGUUUGUGUGUUGGUCUUGAAGCCUAAUAGACGCGCUGUGAAAUCUGACGUACGGAUGGAAUUUGUAGAAGGAGAUAGCACUUUCUCCACUUUAAGGAGUCUGUAUAUAUUUGUCCUGUUUCGUUGAGUCUAUCUGAUGUAGCUGCUGUACAGAUGAUGUAAAGAGUAAAUUAGAAGAUGGUGAA